UUGAUAGUAAAUCAUAAAAAAAAUUAUUUGAGAUAAUAUUGUGAUAGGCCGAUUCAUUGAUAUGAUAAAUGUGAAAAAAAUAAUAAUGCAAUGUAUAAAAUUUUACAAAUAACAUUAUUAGAAUUUCUUAAAACACGACGACUGCGAAUGUAACAAUUAAAAAUUAGAUUUUUUAUUAUAUUGGAAUGAGUGAACGAGCUAAGAGUUGUUAUUUACGAAGUAAUAGUGAUUCUUUAACAACUAUUUAUUUACCUGAUUCUACUCCAAUUUUUAUAGGACGUUCUCCAGAAACAAAUAUUACAGAUACAAAAUGUUCCAGACAACAAGUUAGACUAUGUGCAGAUUAUUUAAAACAUACAGUAUCAGUUGAACAAGUCGGAAUAAGAGCUUGUGGUAUAAAUGGCUUUAAAACUCAGAAAGAUAUUAGAUCAAUUGUCAAACAUAAUGAUUACUUAGAAAUUUUAUAUGGGAAGCAUAUAUAUCAAAUUGAAUUUAAUCCACCGCCUAAAGAAAAGAACAAUCAAAAAUUUGUACGUAAACGAUCUUAUGAUUCAGAAGAUGAAUCAUUAAGUAUCGAUACAACAAAUUCAUUCAAAAUGCGUAAGAUCGAAGAUGAAUGUAAUGCUACUAUACAGGAAACAAUCAAUACAAAUGAUUAUUCAACAAAUGAACAAGAUAAUGAAGAAUUAAAUUCUACUGCUUCCACAUCCAAAGGAAAUAGUAUAGAUAAUAAUAAAACUAAAGCAAUAGACUUUUGGGAAGAAAAUAAAAAAUUAUUAAUAUAUACUCCGUCAAAUGUACAAAAUCGUACAAAGAUAGCUGCAUACGAUAUGGAUGGCACGUUAAUAAAGACAAAAUCUGGUCUUGUAUUUCCAAAAAAUUGUAAUGACUGGCAAUUGUUAUUUCCUGAAGUACCAAAAAAAUUAAAACAAUUGUAUGAAGAUGGUUAUAAAGUUGUAAUUUUUACAAAUCAAGGAGCUCUUGGUAUAGACAAAGUGAAAAUAUUAGAUUUUAAAAUAAAAACUGAAAGAGUAGUACAAAAAUUAGGUAUUCCUAUUCAAGUCUUUGUUUCUAUUGGGAAAGAUAUAUAUAGAAAACCAGCACCAGGAAUGUGGAAUGAAUUAGUCAAUUAUAAAAAUGGAGGUUUGAACAUAGAUAAAUCAAAUUCUUUUUACGUUGGAGAUGCAGCAGGUCGACGAAAAAAUUGGGCACCUGGUAAAAAAAAAGAUCAUUCUAAAGUAGAUCGUUUAAUGGCUAUCAACAUAGGCUUACUAUUUCAAACUCCAGAAGAACACUUUCUUGGACAUAAAAUUGUACCAUAUGUUUUACCUACAUUUGAUCCAAAAGCACUGCUAAAAGAUGAUAAUAUUUGUCAUCCUACUGAUGCUAAGAUUACUUCGAAACAACAAGAGAUAAUAAUCUUGAUUGGUUGUCCUGCUUCUGGGAAAUCUCAUUUUGUAAAACUUUAUUUAAACGAAUAUGACCACAUUAACAGAGAUACUUUGGGUAGUUGGCAAAAAUGUAUAUCUGCUAUGGAACAAUCUUUGAUUCAAGGAAAACGUGUUGUCAUAGAUAAUACUAACCCAGAUCCUGCCUCACGUGAAAGAUAUAUUGUAGUUGCAAAAAAAUAUAAUGUCCCCGUAAGAUGUUUCCUUAUGACAACAAGUACUGAACAUGCCAAACAUAAUAAUAAGUUUCGUGAGUUAGUUGAUUCUAGUCAUGCCAAGAUUACUGAUAUCAUCAUAAAUUCUUACAUGAAAAAUUAUAUACCACCAACUUUAGAAGAAGGUUUUACAGAACUUGUAAAAAUUAAUUUUGUUCCACGAUUCUUCUCUGAAAAAGAUAAAGAAUUAUACGAAAUGUACUUACUUGAAAAUUAAUUAUAUUUAUUGAUAUUAAAUUAUUACUCUAUAUCCAACACCCACAAAAUACUUAAACAUACUAAAUAAUCAUUAAAGCUGUUUACCAUCUCUACCUCAAAACAAGUGUGACUUCGACGAAUGAUAUGGACAAAAUAUAAACUAUAAGUGCUAUACUUGUCCAUAGAAUUCUAAUAAAUGAAAUUUAUUUAUUUGUGAAAGUAUUAUCAGCAAUAUAGUGUUAAUACUUUAAUGUCUAGCUAAUAUUAGAUUAGAAAAUUUUGAAAAAAUAUAGAAAUAUGCAGCCAUUCGCUCGGUAGUACUUGUAUUUUACGGAUUUUAACAUUUCACAGGUACUACCGACCCAGGUCCCACCGCGUGGAGGUAGCUGCAUCUGGGGACCCACGAGCUAACGGGGGCUCUACUCUAUAAUUCGCGUGACCGGCGUGAUCAAAUAAUCGGCGUUCUAUAAAACGAAGUCCCCGGUAGGACUUUUAAUCGCGCCCGAACACUCCCGUAAGUGUUAGAAUAACGGUGACUCUAUUCUAAAUUCGCGUUCGCGGCGUCCACGCACCAACCGAGAAUUCAGGCGGCUAACUGGAGGAGGGUCAGUCCACGCUUACGGAUAGCAAUCCAUACCGCUCGGCAGCACACGAACCGACACACGACCGGUCAUUAUUCGGUUUAGCAAUCAAACGAAGUCCAUUACCGUAGGACUUUUAUUCGCGCCCGAGAACACCACGACUGUGCCCGCCGACACAGGCGUUAGUGUUCUUCCUAUCCUACCCGUAUUCCGCGCGGAUAUAUCGAGAUUCGCGAAGAAGAGGAAAAGAUGAAGAGAAAGAAGAAGAGAAGAAGAAAAAGAGAAGAAGAGAAGAAGCAAAUGAGAAGAGAAGAAAACAAGAGUGUGCGCACACGUGAGAAGGAAGAAGCAGAAAAGAAAGGAAAGAAAAGAAUAUCCGUAAGAUGCAAUGGAACAUAGGCCCCUGUGAAAAAGAUGAAAUUGGAAAGAAAAUAUGGACAUGGAAAAGAAAAGAAAAGAAAAGACAUACCCGAGCAAAACCAGAGUACGAAAAUCCAGCUCGAUUAUUCGGUACUGAAGGAAGGAGACCCGCACAGAAGCCCACGCCCAAGGGCCCAUCCCAAGGGACCCACCCGACAGAAACUAUAAUAAUUAAUUAUUAUAAAAUUAUAUUUUUGAAUAAAUAAAAAUGAAAGAGCACAUUUAUUGCAGAAUAUAUGGAAGAUGUACGAAUGAACGUAAAUUGAACGCACUUCGAAAUUUAGUUGGAAUUUGAUAGAGAAAAUCUUGGAAAAAGAAUGCAGCCAUUCGCUCGGUAAUACUUGCAGUCUAUGCGUUUCCGAUGUAUCACAAGUACUUCCGACCCAGGUCCCACCGCGUGGAGGUUGCUGCACUUUGGGACCCACGGGCUAACGGGGAAUCUACUCUAAAAUCCGCGAACCGAGAUGCCUUUCCGCUUCGGGAGCUUCAGAUUUCUCAGCAAACUGGAGAUGUAUAAAACCCCGCUUACAGAUCGCUCCACCGUCCACACCGUCGGCUUCAGACAUCUCGAGACACGACCGGUCGUGUCUAUACUUCGAUUUCAAAAUCAAAACGAAGUCCUCGGUAGGACUAAAUCUCGCGAUCGCGAACACCCACGCGCGUGCCGGCCGUCACGCGCGUAAGUGUUUUCCCUAUCAUUCGCGUACGGAAGCAAGGAUACAUAUCCUUCCUGCUAUAUAAUUCCUAUAUAAUAGAGAUUAUAUGCAAAGAGGUUCCUUUAACUUCCGUGUAAAAAUCCCACGAUGAUAGGUCCAUCGAUCACCUAACCUGAAACAGAGUAAAAGCAGAGGAGACAAGUAUAUGCAAAAAGACAUUUAUAAUCAAAAACUACCCUGUAAAAAUUUAACUUCACGAUGAUCGAUCUCUCUAUGAUCUAACCUGAAACAGAAAAAGAGUAAAAGCAGAGGAGAUAAUUAUAUGCAGAAAUUAUAUGCAAAAUUACAUGCAAAAAGACAUUAAUAUUAUAUUCAAUAAAUUAAUAAAUAAUAUUACAAAUAAUAUUAUUUCAAUAAAUA